CAGAGUGGGUUUUGUUCCCUCCUAUUUCUCUCUUCGUUUCUAUGCAUCUCUGCAGCUGCAGCUGCAACACUUGACAGAACAUGGCCACCCCUUCACAUGCUCGAGCUGUCAAGUCUCUCAACAAGUCCCCUGGACGCCGUCGUUUUGUCUUUAAGUCAUUCUCGGAGAGAGUAGAUGAUAUUGAUAUCAAUGUAUAUCGAAGUCUUGAGAAGGUUAAAGCCGAGCCAUCUGAGGGUUCCUGUUUUUUCAGAGACUGCCUUAUAGAAUGGAGGGAGUUGAACACUGCCGAGGAUUUCAUUUCAUUUUAUGAAGAGAUUAUGCCUUAUACACAAACAUUGCCCCUGGUGCUGUUGCACAAGGAAUCUUUAAUCUCAAAGCUUCUUUCUAGGUUGCACAUGAAAGCAAGGCUAUCCCUUGAACCAAUUCUCAGGUUAAUUGCAGCUUUAUCUAGGGAUCUCCUAGAGGAAUUUGUUCCGCUACUGCCAAGAAUUGUUGAUUCUUUAGUAUCUCUUCUAGAGAGUGGUGGUGAUAGGGAGCCAGAUAUCAUUGAGCAGAUUUUCACAUCAUGGUCAUUCAUUAUGAUGUACCUGCAAAAAUAUCUAGUACGCAACCCAUCAGAGGUGCUCAAGGUCACAUCAAAACUGAGGUACUAUCCAAAAGAAUACAUCCAACAAUUCAUGGCCGAAGCAAUGUCAUUUGUUUUGAGGAAUGCCCCAGAUGAGCAGCUUGAAAGAGGAAUCAGAAGAGUAAUUGAUGAUGCAGUGAAGAAGCCAUCUCUGUGUAGAGAAUCAGGUGUUGAAGUUUUGCUUUAUAAUAUUAUGAAAGGUUACUCAUCCAGGUUCCAUUCUAAAGCAGAGCGAGUGUUACAAUUGUUGACCAGGGAAGCAAUUUAUCCUAUUGGUGAUAAAUCUGACCAAAAUUCAAUGACCAUUCUGAAAAUUGUCAAAUCUGUCUUCAAGAAACUAUGUGAGAAGAUGGAGUCUAAGGAGUUGAAUUUGGUCUGGAAUUGCUUAUAUAAGGAAGUAAAUGAAUGUGUUAAUACUCGAAAUGUCAGGCACUUGAGACAUCUUUUAUCAGUGCUUGUUUCAGCUAUAAAGAUUCAAAAUGGGCAAAAGGUGUCUGAUUAUAAGCCUAUGCUGGAACUAGUUCUGCUGCUUGUGCAGGCAUUUAUCAAACCUCAUGGAGUUAUUGAGUCACAGGAAGAUAUAUAUUUAGUUGAUAAAAUCUUGAAAUUAAUGCUUGCUAUUCUCAAGGGGCUCCGUAAUUGCAAUGACUCAAUGAUAUCAGUGUGUGCUCUCCAGUGGGCUCCGGUUUUUAAAUCACCUUCAAUUAUUAAAUCAGGAAGCUCAAGUUUGAUGCGUUUCAUUAGAGAACUGCUACAGGAGGAUCUUUGUUUACUUCAUUUCAGUAGUAAUGUUAUAAGUGCAAUUGAUGAUUUGAUGGAGAUUUCUGAGGAAGCGGUCAUACAUUUGUUACAAUCUUUCUGUGAGAAAAUGCAAUUAGAUAAAUGUAAGUCAGACUUUGUGAAUGGAACAAGUAAAGAAGCACCACUGGCUAGGAUAUGCAGUCGUUUGCAAGGGACAAUCUGCUGUUGGAAGGGGAAAAUAAAUGAUAUUGCACAUGAUGAUAUACUAUGUCAAAUUGAUGAAGGAAUGCUGGCACUGCUGUGGGGAGCUGUGAGCUGCUAUUCUCAUAUGUCUAUAGUUGAUGCCAAUCCAUCCUUGAUGGUGGAGCUGGUGGAUUCUGUAGAUCAUCUUAUGACCGUUAAAGCUGGGUAUAUUGGGGAUAUGUCUAAAAAGGCUUGGGAAAGCAUUAUAGGUGCUGCGUUGAGUUCUUACGACAGAUUGUGCCGCAACAGUAACCAUGGAGUCAAUGAAACUGGAAAGUUUUUAUGUCUUGCAAAAAGAUACAAAUCAUCUUCACAAGUGUUGUUGGCUGUUGCUGAUUAUUUGGAUUUCAAGUAUGGUUCAUUGGAAGACACUGGCUGUGGAAUUUAUCAUCCAGAGCUUGAGGAAGGCACUGCAGAUGCAGUGGAAACAUUUGCUGAUAAUUUGCAUCAUUCAGACAAGGAGAUUCGCAUUGCGACUCUUAAAAUACUUUGUAACUAUAAAAUUUUGGGUUGGGAAAAUUCUUCAGUGGAUCAGCCAGCUGAUAAGAAAAGGAAACUUGAGGUUUCUCCAAGUGUCAGGACAGAUCGCGCAAAAAAUAAUGCUCUGCUGUGUCUCCUUUCCAUUGAAACAACUCCUAUUUCAAUUUCUACGAGUAGAAGCAUUCAGCUAUUGAUUUCCAAGAUACAGAUGGAACUGUCUGCUGGAAGGACUCCUAAUGUUUAUGUGCCACUUGUUUUGAAUGGAUUGUUUGGCAUCUUGAAUAAUCGAUUUAGCUCCCUAUGGAAUCCUGUAUUAGAAUGUAUUGCUGUCUUGAUUAGCCUACAUUUUUUACGUGUAUGGGAUAGCCUUAUUGAUUACCUAGAAAGGUGCCAAACAACAUUUCAUACCUCUGGUAACUUGCACGGGGGUAUCAAUGGUGCAUUGUUUGAUAAGCCAGCUGGUCUUCUUGAUUGUUUCAAUUUGUUUGUCCAUCAUGCAUCUGAUAGCACACCACCUGUAACAAUAUUGGCAUUAUUGCUGCAAGCUUUGCAUAAAAUUCCAAGUAUUAUUGAACCUCGUUCUCGGCAAUUCAUUCCUCUAUUUUUUAAGUUUUUGGGAUACAACACUCUUGAUCUUGCAAGUGUGGGAUUGUUUGAUUCUCAUGCUUAUAAAGGGAAAGAGUGGAAGGCUGUCUUAAAAGAAUGGUUAAACUUGUUGAAGCUGAUGAAAAAUCCAAAGUCACUUUAUUGCAGCGAAUUUCUUAAGGAGGUUCUGCAGAAUAGGCUUUUAGAAGAAAAUGAUCCUGAAAUACAAAUGAGGGUUUUGGAUUGCCUGUUAAUCUGGAAGGAUGAUUACAUUUUACCAUAUAUUGAGCAUUUAAGAAACUUGAUUAGUUCCAAAAAUUUAAGGGAGGAACUAACAACAUGGAGUUUAUCAAGAGAAUCUGAAAUAAUUGAAGAAUGCCACCGGGCUUAUCUUGUCCCAUUAGUUAUCCGUCUUUUGAUGCCGAAAGUAAGAAAGUUGAAAGGACUUGCAUCUCGAAAGAAAGCAAGCAUUUGUCAUCGGAAAGCUAUUCUGAGUUUCAUUGCUGGACUUGAUGUUGUAGAGCUGCCUCUUUUCUUUGCGUUACUGAUAAAGCCUUUGCAAAUAGUGAAGAAAACUGAUGGGCCUGCUAACUUGUUUUGGACUUUACCUAGAGGUUCCAUUAAUGAAUUUGAAGCUGCGGCUUUGUUGGAAUAUUUUACUUUGGACAAUAUAGCAAACCUAUCCUGGAAAAAGAAAUAUGGUUUUUUGCAUGUCAUUGAAGACAUUGUUGGGGUUUUUGAUGAAUUACAUAUUAGGCCUUUUCUUGAUCUACUGGUGGGAUGUGUUGUUCGGUUAUUGGAGAGCUGCACUUCAAAUCUCAAUGCAAAUUUGAAUGAGCUUCCUUCAGAUGAGUGCAAUUCUAGCACUAGCUCAAAUUCUCUUGGGGAGAACAGUGCGCCAACAAACCAAAUCCAGAUCAGUGGUACUAUGAACCAGCUGAAGGAUAUGAGAUCUCUGUGCCUGAAAAUUAUUUCCCUUGUACUCAAUAAGUAUGAAGAUCAUGAAUUUAGUCCUGAUUUAUGGAACAGAUUCUUUUCUGCAGUAAAACCGCUGAUUGAUAAAUUCAAACUGGAGGCUGCUAGUAGUGAGAAACCAAGUUCACUAUUAUCUUGCUUUCUGGCUAUGAGUGCAAACAACAAACUUGUAGAGUUAUUAAGCAGGAAAGAAAGUCUUGUACCUGAUAUAUUUUCCAUAGUCUCUGUCCAUUCAGCUUCUGAAGCUGUUAUAUUUUGUGUUCUAAAGUUUGUUGAAAACUUGUUAAUCCUCGACAAUCAGUUUAAUGAAGCCAAUUCUGCCCAAGGAGUUUUACUUUCAAAUAUUAAAGUACUGAUGGACAGCAUGUGCUGUUUAUUUGGAAGUGAUAAUGCAAUCAAGAGAAAGCUGAUCAGAUCUCCUGGGGAGACAGUGAUAAGAAUUUUCAAAUUUUUACCCAAGUACAUCAGGGAGGCAGAGUUGGCAAAACAAUUUGUGGACAUAUUGCUUCUGUUUUUGGAAAAGAAAACUCAAAAUUCUGAUGUCUGGGUUGAAAUUUUGCAAAUCAUUCAAAAUAUUAUACCGAUACUAGGAGAUGGAAAUACCACUAAGAUUCUAAGUGCUGUAUCUCCAUUAUAUAUUUCGGCUGAGUUGGAUAUGCGAUUGAGAAUAUGUGAUCUUCUUGAUUCUCUUGUAUCUUCUGAUGCAUCUGUACUCUCAGUGGCAAAACUUCUUCGUCAGCUGAAUGCAACAUCUACUUUGGGUUGGCUUGACCAUGAUGCUGUUUUAAAUGCUUACAGUGUCAUUAAUACUGAUUUCUUCAGAAACGUUCAAGUGGAGCAUGCAUUACUUAUUUUAUCACAUUGUGUGCAUGACAUGUCAUCAGAAGAAACAACUUUUAUGUGUAGUGCACACAGUUCAUUGCUCUCUUUUGUUGAUUUUUCUGCUCUCAUCCUCUGCCAAGAAGGAAACAGUGAAGUACAGUUGUCACUGAUGAAAAAAACUGAUAAUUGUUGGACAAAAUCUUGCAUCCAGCGUAUAACAAAGAAAUUUCUCUUGAAGCAUAUGGCAGAUGCGAUGGAUGGAUCACUUUCAGUUAAAAAGGGAUGGAUAAAAUUGUUACAUCAAAUGGUGUUGAAGCUUCCUGAAGUGGCAAACCUUAAAUCACUUAUGGUCUUGUGCAACGAGGAUGGUGAAGUAAAUUUUUUUGACAAUAUAACGGACUCGGUGAUACGCAAGAGAGUCAAGGCAUUGUCAUGGUUUCGAAAUGUUAUCAGUAUGAACAAGUUUUCAGAGUUCAUCACUGAGAAAAUGUUCAUGCGUCUCUUCUUCAACAUGUUGUUCGAUGAGAAAGAAGGAUCGGCUGAACAUAUGAAAAAUGCAUGCAUAGAGACCAUUGCAUCUGUAGCUGGUCAGAUGGGAUGGAAGUCAUACUAUGCAUUAUUGAUCAGAUGUUUUCGGGGUGCAUCCAGUAGUCCAGACAAACAGAAACUUUUUAUACGCCUGAUUUGCUAUAUUUUGGAUAAAUUUCACUUUCCAGAACUUCCUUACAAUAAAGAAUCUAUGGAAUCUUUGGAUGGAGUUUCUGACAUAGGGAUAACUGACACUGAUGAGAACAAAGAGAUACAGACUUGCCUGUAUAAAAUUGUGCUUCCAAAGAUACAAAAGUUGCUGGAUUCUGAUUCUGAAAAGGUCAAUGUAAAUAUUAGUCUUGCUGCUCUGAAGCUACUUAAAUUACUUCCAGGUGAUGUGAUGGACUUGUAUCUUCCAACUGUUGUUCAUCGAAUUUCAAACUUCUUGAAGAGUCAUCUAGAAAGCAUUCGUGACGAAGCUAGGUCUGCAUUGGCUACUUGUUUAAAAGAACUUGGAUUGGAAUACUUGCAAUUUAUUGUCAAGGCUUUGCAAUCUACCUUGAAGCGAGGAUAUGAACUUCAUGUCUUGGGAUACACACUCAAUUUUAUUUUGUCCAAGUGUCUUUCAAGUGCAGGUGUUGGAAAGAUAGAUUACUGUUUGGAGGAUCUGCUUUCUGUGAUAGAGAAUGACAUUCUUGGAGAUGUUGCUGAGCAAAAGGAGGUGGAAAAGAUAGCUUCAAAAAUGAAAGAAACAAGGACGAAAAAAUCAUUUGAAAGCCUGAAAUUGGUGGCCCAGAAUGUAACAUUCAAAACCUAUGCUCUGAAACUCCUUGCACCAGUGACUGCUCAUUUGCAGAAGCACAUCACAUCAAGUGUAAAAGGAAAAUUGGAAAAUAUGUUGCAUCAUAUAGCUACUGGUAUUGAAAACAAUCCCUCUGUAGAUCAGACUGAUCUAUUUAUCUUUAUUUAUGGCAUCAUUGAAGAUGGAUUUAAAGAUGAAAUUGGUUGGCACAAGAAUAAAUUGUCGAAAUUGGAAGGUAACGACAGCCGUAGUAAUACCAAAAGAAUUUCUACAGGUCAUGUAGUUGCUAAAGGCUUAUUGUGUUCACACCUUAUUACAGUGUUUGGUCUCAAAAUAUUUCAUAAACGUAUUAAGAGUAUGAAACAGGGCGUAAAAGAUGAAAAUACUUUAUCCUUAUUAGACCCUUUUGUCAAGGUAUUAUGUGAUGGCUUAUGCUCCAAGUAUGAGGAUAUCUUGUCUACAUCCCUUGGAUGCCUAGCUAUAUUGGUAAAGUUGCCUUUGCCAUCCCUUCAACUACAGGCUGAGAGAGUAAAGGCUGCUCUGUUGGAUAUUGCCCAGGGUUCAAUGAACUCUAGCAGUCCAUUAAUGCAGUCAUGUUUGACUUUGCUGACUGUGCUUUUGAGGAACACUAAAAUUUCUCUUUCCUCAGAUCAAAUAAAUUUACUAGUUCAGCUUCCUAUAUUUCUGGAUCUUGAAAAAAAUCCAUCUUUGGUGGCCCUAUCACUUCUAAAGGGUAUUGUCAGCCGCAAGCUGGUUGUACCCGAGAUAUAUGAUCUUGUUACUAGGGUUGCUGAACUGAUGGUGACAAGUCAAAUGGAAUCAAUUCGCAAAAAAUGCAGUAAAAUUCUGUUGCAAUUUCUGCUUGAUUAUCAACUGUCAGAGAAGCGCUUGCUACAACAUCUUGAUUUCCUGCUCUCAAAUUUGAGGUAUGAGCAUUCAACUGGACGGGAAUCUGUUCUUGAGAUGAUUCAUGCUAUUAUCGUCAAAUUUCCAAGAAGUGUUUUGGAUGAACAAUCACACAUUUUAUUUGUCCAUUUAGUAGCUUGCUUAGUCAAUGAUAAUGAUAAUAUUGUUCGUUCUAUGAGUGGGGUGGCUAUAAAGAAGCUCAUUAGUGCUGUUAGUCCUAAUUCACUUAAAUCCAUCCUUGAGGAUGCUCUUUCUUGGUAUUUGGGUGACAAGCAGCAACUAUGGGGUGCGGGUGCUCAGGUUUUGGGGCUGCUGAUUGAGGUAAUAGAGAAAGGAUUUCAUACAACAUCAAAGCCUUAUCCCACAGAUAAAGGAUUUCAUAAACAUAUAAAUUGUAUUCUGCCAGUGACUAAUAGCAUCUUGUCUGUGACUAAUUGCAUCUUGCAUUCUGCCAUAGAUGCAGUUACGAAUAAACAAGAGGGCUUUUCAGCUGAAUCUAUCAUUCCCCUUUGGAAGGAGGCAUACUAUUCUCUUGUUAUGUUAGAAAAGAUGAUUAAUCAGUUCUGUGACUUUUGCUUUACAAAGGAUCUUGAGGAUAUAUGGGAAGCAGUAUGUGAGAUGCUGUUGCAUCCACAUUCAUGGAUACGUAACAAAUCAGUUCGCCUCAUAGCUCUAUACUUUGCACAUGUAACAGAUGUUAGCAGAGAAAAUCAUGAAAGUUCCUUAAGAAGCUAUUUUAUUAUGAGUCCAAGUAGAUUAUAUUUAAUAGCUACUUCUCUUUGCUGCCAAUUGAAAAUGCCUCUUAUAGAUGAUGCUGACAGCAACGUGAUGACCCAAAAUAUCAUCUUUGCUAUAUGUGGUGUGCAUUCUUUGAUGGGUCAAAAUGCAUGUAUAGAUCCCCCUGCAUUCUGGUCUACUCUUGAGCAACAAGAAAAGGACCGGUUUCUUAAAGCGUUUGACUUGCUUGAUUCAAGAAAAGGAAGAAGCAUAUUCAUGUCAUCAUCUAUUAUGUCUUCUAUAUAUGAAGACAACAAUCAGCUGAAUGUUGAUAACGCCCAACAUGUACUAGUCUCAUUAUUGCUCAGGAAAAUGGGGAAAAUUGCUCUUCAAAUGGAUGCUAUUCAGAUGAGAAUAGUCUUCAACAGUUUUGGGAAUAUUAUGGCGCAGAUUAGUCAGGAUGACUGCCUAUGCUAUGCACAUGUGAUCCUAUUACCUCUAUAUAAAGUUUGUGAAGGAUUUGCUGGAAAAGUUGUAACUGACAAUGUGAAGAAAUUGGCAGAAGACACAUGUCGAAAGCUAGAGAAUAUUUUGGGUACUCAGAACUUUGUGCAAGUUUACAACCUUAUCAGGAAGAACCUUAAGGCUAAAAGAAAUAGGAGGAGACAAGAAGAAAAGCUCAUGGCUGUUAUCAAUCCGAUGCGAAAUGCCAAACGAAAGAUGAGAAUUGCUUCCAAGCAUCGUGCCAACAAAAAGAGAAAGAUUAUGACAAUAAAAAUGGGGAGGUGGGUGCAUUGAUUGAAAGGCGAGAAAGGUUCAUAUUUGUGCGUCCAGUUUGGCACUGAGUGCUCCUGUGUCAAGGUUUUCGUAAAAUCACUAAUCUUACCAUUAACUAAGGUAUUCCUGGAGAUAAUCACUUGCCGCAUUUUGCUAAAAAUUAAGAUGUGAUAUGCCAUUUUAUAAAGGUUUCCUUCUGCGCAGUGUUUUCAUGUAUAAAUGAAGCCAUGCCAAUGUCACAUGAUUGAUGAAAAAUUGUGGAUUUGGAGAUGUCAUGUCAAUGGAUGGAAAAGGAUUGCCUCCAAUGGAAGAUACUUGUGACAUAGACAAACAUUUUGUAAAAGAAAAAGUCAAUUCAGUUAUACCAGUUAGUUAUUGGUCAGCCUUCCUCUUCACUUGAAUGCGUUCUUCACUUGAAUGCGUUCAUCAGCCGAGGUGUUUAGCGGGACUUAUUUCUGUAUAUCCAAAUUCUUGUUGUACAGACUUGAGGAUAAAAAGAUACAUACAACGUUGAAAGUAGAUUGAAUCCGGCGGGUUAACUCACCAUAAACGGGUUGGUGGGUUGGGUGUUUAAUUUUUUAACCUGCAUAACCCAACCCGCAGCAGAUUCAACAGGUGAAGGUUGAAGGGUUGGACUGAUUUAUGGAUUGAUAAUUUAUUUUUGGUUAGAUGUUUUGACAGUGUUUAGUUAAAUAUUUUGCCUAACAUGUUUUAUUAAAUAUUAUAAAUUCUGUUAUUUUUUUUA